AUGGAUGAAAGUGAAGAUUUGACUGAACACCUGCUCACUGAGUAUGCCAUACAGCUCAGCAUUCACGAAUCAAACGCAGCCAAGCCACCAGGAUCUUCCAGCUAUAAUGACAGAUUUGUACCACCCAGCGAGGAAAACAGGAAAAUUGUAACAGCCAUAAGGCAAGCUCAAAUAUUUGGGCUCCAAGACCUUGUGAAAAAGAAAUAUGCUUUGGAUGAAGCUGACGAUAGAGGGUGGUUCCCCCUGCAUGAAGCUGCGGCUCAGCCAAUUCAGCAAAUACUUGAAAUCAUUUUGGAUGCAUCUUAUAAAACCAUGUGGGAAUACAAAACAUGUGAUGGAGAAACACCAUUAACUUUGGCAGCAAAAACUGGCUUGGUGGAAAAUGUAAGAACGUUACUGGAAAAGGGUGUUUGGCCAAAUACCACCAAUGACAAAGGAGAGACUCCACUUCUUAUUGCUGUAAGAAGGCGCUCUUUUCAGAUGGUGUCUACUCUGAUUGAACAUAACUGUCAUAUCCACCAGCCGUGUGCGAGACGCUGGUCGGCAAUGCAUGAAGCUGCAAAACAGGGCUGCAAAGAAAUUGUGUCUCUUCUUCUAAAGAACGGUGGAAAUGUGAACCUUAAGGAUGGAUAUGGAGUAACACCCUUAGGUGUUGCUGCUGAAUAUGGUCACUGCGAUGUGCUGGAGCAUCUUAUUCAUAAAGGUGGAGAUGUCCAGGCCUUAGCAGAUGACGGUUCAUCCAUCCUGUUUGAAGCUGCUGGAGGAGGUAAUCCAGACUGCAUAGCGCUUCUGCUGGAGUACGGAGGAAGUGGCAAUGUGCCUAACAAGGCAGGACUGCUUCCCAUACACAAAGCAGCUUAUGAGGGGCAUUACCUGGCCCUGAAGUAUCUCAUUCCAGUGACAUCCAAAACUGCAAUCCAGAGGAGUGGGUUAAGUCCUCUUCACUCAGCAGCAGAUGGCCAGAAUUUGCAGUGUCUAGAGCUCCUCAUUGAAAGUGACUUUGAUGUCAAUGCUCUGUUGGCUGAGCACAUUUCAGACAGUUAUGAUGAUGAAAGGAAAACAGCCCUCUAUUUUGCUGUUUCUAACAACGACAUUCUUUGCACCGAAAUAUUACUCAAAGCAGGAGCAAAUCCGAACAAGGACCCUUUAAACUGUCUCCUUGUGGCAGUGAGAGCUGGUAACCAUGAAAUCGUAAGGCUGCUGCUGUCCUAUGGAGCAAAUGUCAACUGCUACUUCAUGCUGGUCAAUGAUACCCAUUUCCCCAGUGCCAUUCAGUACGCCUUGAAUGAUGAGGUGAUGUUGAGGCUCUUGCUCAACCAUGGAUACAAUGUGGAAAUGUGCUUUGACUGCAUGCAUCAAGACAUCUUUGGAAAUUCCUUUGUGUGGUCAACUCCAGAGGAAGAAAUUCUCCCAGGAUGGACUUCUUCUGUAAUUAAGGAUAAUCCAUUCUGUGAUUUUAUUGCUGUUCCUUGGUUGAAACAUUUAGCAGGAAAAGUGGUUCGUAUUUUCAUUGAUUAUAUGGAUUAUGUUCCUCUAUGCACAAAAAUUAAGUUUGUCCUGGAAACCCAGAAGGAAUGGGCAGAGAUACGGCAGAUACUGGAUAAUCCUCGCUCAUUGAAGCAUCUGUGUCGUCUGAAAAUACGUAAACUCAUGGGAUUAGGGAGACUCCAGAAACUGUCAGCCAUGAAGAAGUUUCCACUUCCACCAGUACUAAAGAACUAUAUCUUAUAUAAGGAAUAUGAUCUGUAUGGAGAAGGGAUACAUUUAGAUUAG